GCUGUCGAAGGUGGGCUCCAGCCUGGGGACAGCGGCAGGCGGGCGCUGCAGCAGCACGAGGGGCCACCGAGGACAGCGUGCAGGUGAGCGGCGAGCGGAGACGGGCCGACGGCACCAGGGGGCUGCGGGCUCGCGGCGUGUCUCGGGCCCGCGCCCUGAGCAUCGGUCCCGGCGCCACGCCAAGCAGAGGCAGGGGCUUGGACUCUUGGCGCCUCGCCUUGCGCAGGAGCAGAGAUGGGGCCGAGAGGCGCAGCCGCGGUGGCCGUGGGGCUGUGGGUCUUGGUGACGGCGGGCGAGGCGGCGGACCCUGGCGUGACGACACCCCGGCGCUGCCUGCUGUCACACUACCGCUCGCUGGAGCCCAGGGCGGUGGCGGCGGUCAAGGCGCUGAGGGACCGCUACGAGGAGGAGACCCUGAGCUGGAGGCCGCGCAACUGCUCCUUUCGCCCAAGGAGGGACCCUCCGCGUCCCUGGUCGUGCUCGCGGCUUCGCCUGGUGGCCCGGGGCCUCGAGGACGCCCAGGCCGUGCUGAGCGGCUUGCGGAGCCCAGAGCGGAUCCCCGGCACCGGCCCGAUCCUGGAGCUGCUGGCGGCCGCGCGGCGGGACGUGGGGGCCUGCCUCGAGCUGGUCCGGCCAGGCUCCUGGAAGAAGUCCCUCAGGCCACCGAGGACGCGUCCCCAAACACGCAGAGCUGACUCGCCUGGGUGCCACGAAGCCAGCGUCAUCUUCAACCUCCUGCGCCUGCUCACGUGGGACCUGAGGCUGGUGGCAGACUCGGGGCCUUGUCUGUGA